CGGAUUGAUUACCAAGCCACUUCCUCAAUUUCUGAAAAAAGAUGAUGUUCAGCAAGCUUUUGAAGAGAGUGACUGGCAGUCAUGUGAUUCGUAGCUUUCAGUUUUUUUAGCAUUAGUUUGUUUUUUGUUGCAGAAGACGGCCUGACUUCCAACUUAACUUUGGUUUGGACAGAUUCUGUAUGCUGGGCCACUGUUAAUGUAAGAGAUGCUAAAUCUGACUUUAAUCUCUUAUUUAAAUCGCUAUCAACUGGACUUGGAUCCUGAUGAUAGAUGUUGUGUGUAGUGACUGCUAGAACACAUACAGUCACGGACUGGUAUAUUAGCUACCUCCUGUGGAGAUACUUGCUGUGUCAUCAGAUUUUACAGUACAAAGGAUAUUUGACAUCCUCUGUUUCCUCUUACUGGGCUUGUUUUUUCUGGACUUACUUAUAGCCCUGGGCCACUGGCUUUGAUUGAUUUUGUUCUGUUGAGUUUCCUGUGGCUAUCUUGUGAGGUGGAUACAAGUUGCACAACGGAUACAAUCACUUCUAUAAUCAAUGACAGACCAGUUACCAGCACAGCAUAUCUCAAUUUCUAACUUUUUUUGGGACAUUUUAGGAGACCUCUACAUGCUUUUUCUUGGUUUAUUCAAAUUUAUAUGCCAGGAUUUUUUCUCAUUUGCGAAAAGCCAGGUUAGGAUCCGGUCCUAGUCUGAGACUCUAUGCUGUUUUUAGGGCCCAGAAGGUUUGUCUGGGCCCUAUGGCCAGACCUUGAACAGCCCCCCCUACAAAACAAAUGGAGAAAAGCGGCUGUAUCCCUCUGUGCUGGAGCAAGGGGGCCUGCAUAUAUGCACAGCACCCCCUACCAAAAUAUGACGGCCAGUUAGCCCCAGCAGGAGCAUCUGAAUCAGGCAUGGCGACAUCUUCCUACCUGGAACCCAACCUCAAUCACUCCGCAGUGGGUGGUUGUGGGGGUAAAUCCCGGUCUGGGAUGCCUGGUGGGACCGGUGUUGGUACAAGUGGCUCUGCUGGAGGCCUUGAGCGUCCCUCAGGCUCCAUGGACCGGGUUCUGAAAAUUUUCCAUUAUUUUGAGACAAACAGUGAACCAUGUACCUGGGCUAGUAAUAUCAGGCAUGGAGACGCUACAGAUGUCAGGGGUGUUAUCCAAAAGAUUGCAGAGAUCCACAAAUUACGCUGCAUGUCCUCUCUGGGCCUCCGUCUGACCCAUCUGCACUCUGAUGAACUCCAUUGGUUACACCCUGAUUUGGGUGUGUGUCACAUCAGGGAGAAAUACGAGAAGCAGCACCCCCAGGAGGAGUGGAGGUAUGAGUUGCGGAUGCGAUACCUUCCUAAAGGUUACCUCAGCCAUUUCUCUGAAGACAAACCCUCUCUUAACUACCUCUACCACCAGGUAAAGAGUGACUACAUGCAUCACAUAGCGGAUCAGGUGGAUCAAGAUGUUGCUCUGAAACUGGGCUGUUUGGAAAUCAGGAGGUUCUUUAGAGAGAUGCCAGGCAAUGCCCUGGAUAAGAAAUCCAAUUAUGAACUACUAGAGAAAGACGUUGGUUUGAGAAGGUUCUUCCCCAAAAGCCUGCUGGACUCCCUCAAGGCGAAGACUCUUCGUAAGCAGAUCCAGCAGACCUUUAAGCAGUUUGCUAACCUCAAUGAUGAGCAGAGCAUCCACAAGUUUUUUGAGAUACUCUCUCCCAUCUACCGCUUUGACAAAGAGUGCUUCAAAUGUGCUCUUGGGUCUAGUUGGGUAAUAUCAGUAGAGUUAGCUAUUGGACCAGAAGAAGGAAUCAGCUACCUCACAGAUAAAGGCUCAAUGCCUACACACUUAGCUAACUUUAACCAGGUUCAGUCCAUCCAGUACUCUGCUUUGGAAGAGAAGGACAGAAAAGGCAUGUUGCAGCUCAAUGUAGCAGGAGCUCCCGAGCCCCUCACAGUCACUACGGCAUUGCUGACUACGGCAGAAAACAUGGCUGACUUGAUUGACGGUUACUGUCGGCUUGUCUCCUUAGCUACUCACUCCUUCAUUGUCAGAGUCCACAAAGAGGGAGACAGAGCUCUGCCAUCCAUCCCCAAAGUUUCAAAUCAUGAGAGGCGAAUGGAAAAACGGAUGGAGGGAGUACGGACCCGCGCUGUUUGUGUUUCAGGUCACACUAGUGGUGAUGAAACGGAUGACUAUGCUGAGAUCAUAGAUGAGGAGGACACAUAUACCAUGCCUUCAAAAUACUAUGGACUAGAUCAAGCACGGGACUAUGAUCAGCGAGAUUGUAUUGAGUUGGGACGCUGCAUAGGUGAGGGUCAGUUUGGCGACGUCCACCAAGGAGUCUACAUCAGCCCGGAGAACCCAGCCCUGUCUGUGGCAGUGAAGACGUGUAAGAACUCAACGUCAGACAGUGUCAGGGAAAAGUUUCUCAAGAAGCACGUAAUGUUGUUGACCAUGCGCCAGUUUGACCACCCUCACAUUGUGAAGCUGAUGGGAGUCAUCACAGAUAAUCCAGUCUGGAUCAUCAUGGAGCUCUGCACACUUGGAGAGCUACGGUCAUUUCUCCAGGUGAGGAAGUACAGUCUUGACUUAGCCAGUCUCAUCUUGUACUCAUACCAGCUCAGCACGGCACUGGCUUAUCUGGAGAGCAAGCGCUUUGUACACAGGGACAUCGCAGCGCGGAACGUGUUGGUGUCUACAGUUGACUGUGUAAAACUUGGCGACUUUGGUUUGUCUCGAUACAUGGAAGAUAGCUCUUAUUAUAAAGCUUCUAAAGGUAAACUGCCUAUUAAGUGGAUGGCCCCAGAAUCAAUCAACUUCAGACGCUUUACCACAGCCAGUGACGUAUGGAUGUUUGGCGUCUGUAUGUGGGAGAUCCUAAUGUUCGGCAUCAAGCCUUUCCAAGGUGUGAAGAACAACGACGUCAUCGGCAGGAUAGAGAACGGCGAGCGACUGGCAAUGCCCCCUCAAUGCCCUCCUACUCUCUACAGCUUGAUGACAAAGUGUUGGUCGUAUGAUCCCAGCAAGAGGCCACGCUUCACUGAACUCAAAACACAACUAAGCACUAUAUUAGAGGAGGAGAAGCUCCAGCAGAAAGAGAGGAGCAGGAUGGAGAUGAGGAGACAGGUCACUGUUUCUUGGGACUCUGGAGGAACUGAUGAAGCACCACCAAAACCCAGCCGUCGUCCCUCCCUGCAGCCCACCUUCAGUCUGGAUUGUCUGUCUGCUCCUUCGCCUUACCACCAUUGCCAUCAAAACCAGGGUUUUGCCUCACAGCUUUCCCUCUGCCUCAGAGACCCCCAUCCUUCGUCUCCUUUCACCUCUUCUCACCUACCCACUCCUCCACUCUACUCAUCAUCUCUGCGAUUUCCUCAUCACUUUUCCUCUUCUCCAAAUCCUCAGCCUCAAUCUCCUCGUCUUGAAAACACCACUUUCUAUAGUCAGUCUUUCUCUCAGCACAACCCUAAGUUUAAUCCUGAAUCCAAAGCCAUCUUAUCCCUACAGUCUCAUGCUAGCUUCCACUCUCCACCUUACACCCGGUCAGAGAGCCUGUCCAAUGGCAGCUGCCCUCACAAGUCAAAUCCCCCUACUAAUGGCCACCUGUUCUGUUCAUCCCAGCCAAAGUCACACAACUCACACUCCCAUCCCGGGCUCUCCCCACUACUUUCCCAGUCUAGUCCUAACCUUAACUCUCUGCCCUGCAGUAUGUCAUCAAUUUGCUCCCACACCCUCCAAAACAUCCAGCCCAAGUCAAAGUCUUAUCUUAAAACCCUUUUGUUGCGCAGCUUUCAUCCUGGUUUCCAAACUAAUCCCAGUACCUCACAACAACCUAACUCUGACCCCCAGCAUCAAAACCCUGCUGUGCUGUCAUGUGGGAGGCCCCCGCUGGUCUCUCCUGCCCCCCUCACAGAGAAACCUCUCCCAGUACUCUGUGCCUGCACUCUGUCCUCCACUCACCACCAUCCACCCAGUCGAAUGCCAUGCCUCCCUGUAACUACCAAUACACCUUUUCCCAUCCCCUGCUCCGAAAGUCACAUGUCCAGACCCUUGAAGCCUAGUAGACCCGGCUAUCCCAGUCCUCGCUCGAGUGAAGGUUUUUAUCCCAGUCCCCAACAUCCUGGACACUACCAGAUGGCAGGGUACCCAGGCCCUCACACCCUCCCCUCAGUGCCCAGCGCCCUGUACCCCCCACCGGCUGCAAUGCUGGACACACACCACGCACACACACACCCCCGCCACCACGUCCACACACACUCGCACGCACAGCACCUCCCCCAUCCACAUGGGCACGACAUGGCACUAUGGGGCUCUGCAAUGGAGGACAGGGCAGUAGACAUGCAGCAGUGUGUAGACCAGCAGUGCCUGUUAAUGGAGGAACAGCUGAUGAUACAACAACAGCAGAUGGAGGAGGACCAGAGGUGGCUGGAGCAGGAGGAAAGGCUGCUGAAACCAGACUCUAGAAGUUCUAGAGGGAGUCUGGACAGAGAAGACGGUGGACCCCAGCCACCGACAGGAAACCAGCACAUAUACCAGCCCGUUGGCAAGCCAGAGCAUGCAGCUCCCCCAAAGAAACCCCCUCGACCUGGGGCCCAAAGCCAAGUGGGCAGUCUGGCCUGUCUGAACACUGGAGAUAGUUACAACGAUGGAGUCAAGCCCUGGCGGCUGCAGCCCCAAGAGAUAAGCCCGCCCCCCACCGCCAAUCUGGAUCGCUCCAAUGACAAGGUGUACGAGAACGUGACCGGAUUGGUCAAAGCUGUGAUUGAGAUGUCAAGCAAGAUUCAGCCAGCUCCUCCAGAGGAAUACGUUCCCAUGGUCAAGGAUGUGGGUCUGGCGUUGAGGACAUUAUUGGCCACAGUGGAUGAGACUCUACCACAACUUCCAGCCAGUACACACAGAGAGAUCGAGAUGGCACAGAAACUUCUGAACUCUGACUUGGCAGAGCUGAUUGGGAAGAUGAAGUUAGCCCAACAAUAUGUGAUGACCAGUCUCCAGCAGGACUAUAAGAAGCAGAUGUUGACAGCAGCUCACGCUCUUGCAGUUGAUGCCAAGAACCUGUUAGAUGUCAUCGACCAAUCACGGCUCAAGAUGAUGUCCCAGUCCCGCCCGCACUAGCCCCACAACCGCUGAGCCGACCAACAGGAAGUGGUCUGUUAUAUUAGAGACAGUAUCAUUCUGGAUACUGUGGAUUAAAGUGACGUCAUGAUAUGUGAGCGUAAUCGGAGCUGACUGCUUUACAUCAAAGGAGCAAACAGCAGCGCUGCUACUUUGACAAUAGCCCGUGAAGAAUCAUUAGAUGUUGAAUCCUGUGUAAGCUGAGGUCAUCUCUCCACCACUGUGACUUUUGUAAUACAAGAGCAGAGCAAAAACACUUUCUGAAUCAGGGACUUGGCAGCUUUACUCUCUUUGGACUGUAAUAUAAUGAUGAGAGAAGGAAAAGCGAAGAGGAGGAGGAGUGAUGAUUUUCAAACUGUGGGUCAAGACCUGAGAUGUUCAUUGGGUCCUAGACUUAAAAAGUUUAUAAACCACCAACAGAAACAAUAUCAUGGGAGCAAUUGGAUCUGGAACUGUUGCCAUCGGGUGGAUUACUCUUUUUAAGCAUAGCCAUCAGAAACCUGAUCAUACUGUGUUUGAUCUGCAACAAAUCUGCAUGAAACUUCACUGUAGGAAUGGACUUAGAUGUCAGCCAGCAGCCAUGUCAGUUGUGAUAUUGUGUGUUGUGAGCCCCUGGAUGUGAACGUUCUCCUCAGUUGAAUACCUCCACAUCACCAUGGAUUCUUUUAAAUUGGCAGAUCCAACCACAUGUUAUCCUAUUCAGCUCUGGUCAAAUGUGGUGCUUUCACAAGGACAUUCACAGCAAAUACAGUCUUGGUUUGGAGAAGCAGCCUCCCAUCGCUUUUCCCAUUUCUCCUUACCAUCCAUUCCCGUCCUCCCUCCGUCUCACCAGGUUUUAUUUAUAGACUCAGAAAUUGCAGAGGAGGAGACGGAGGGAGAGACGGGUAUUAAAACUUGAGGACAGUCUAGCGCCGGGCUGCUGCCUGAAGAAUGAUCACACGUUCCUCGUCUCUUCACUCACUCACUUUCCUUUCUUUUUGUUCUUACUGUUUGUCUCCUUCUUGAUGUCUUCCUCAGCUCCUCUCUGAGCCAGUUUUAAAGACUCCAAAUGUGAAGAAUCCAACUCUGUCUGGGUAAACACCGCAGACAGGAAACUCCCUCCUCACACUCAGUUUACUUUUUUAUCGGCUGGCUCCAUGUUUUUUGUGUUGUUUCAGCAGUCACAGUCUUCUUCCUCUGUACUGAACUGUUUGUAACUUGGAAUACAAGCAAAUAUUCAAUCCCAGCAUCGACUCUGAUGAGCAAA